UUUGUGAGUCCGGCGCGUAGAAAAUCAGUACUGGCGCCAAUUUUGAAUAAAAUAAAGAAUGGUACCGAUGCACUGGAUGCUGAGAAAAAGGGUAACGGUGGCAUUGGUGGGCUCGGCGGUACAGGUGGCGGUGGUAGUGGGGGCAAUAACGGGAUUGGCGGCCUUUUGAGUAGUGGCACCAGUGAUAACAGUCAUGUGACCGUACAAAUUGAACCGGCUAAAAAGGUCAAGCGUCACAGCAUACACGGCAUGAUGGAGGAGGAGAACAUAGUGCGGCCACAUCAGGAGAUCCGUCAGUUAACCUUGGAGGAAAAGAAGUUUUUGCUGGCGGUAGAGCGCGGUGAUAUGGCAGGAACACGAAGAAUGCUACAAAAAGCGCAGGAUACCGACUAUAUCAAUGUGAAUUGUGUCGAUCCUUUGGGACGCACUGCCCUACUCAUGGCUAUCGAUAACGAAAAUUUGGAAAUGGUCGAAUUGCUCAUCAGUUAUAAUGUUGAUACGAAGGAUGCGCUUUUGCACUCCAUUUCAGAGGAGUUUGUGGAGGCUGUGGAGGUGCUUUUGGAUCAUGAAAAUGUCAGCUUUCAUACGGAGGGUAACCAUAGCUGGGAAUCUCAAUCGGAGGAUACUUCAACAUUUACUCCAGAUAUAACGCCACUUAUUUUGGCCGCACAUCGUGAUAACUAUGAGAUAAUCAAAAUUUUACUAGAUCGCGGAGCUGUACUGCCAAUGCCGCAUGACGUAAGAUGCGGCUGCGACGAAUGUGUUCAAUCACGCCAAGAGGAUUCACUGCGACACUCACGUUCACGCAUUAACGCUUAUCGUUCGCUGGCCAGUCCCAGUCUUAUAGCAUUGUCAUCGAAGGAUCCUAUUUUAACUGCAUUUGAAUUGUCAUGGGAAUUGAGACGUUUAAGUUUCCUCGAACACGAAUUUAAGAAUGAAUAUCAGGAAUUGCGCAAACAAUGCCAAGACUUUGCCACCGCUUUGCUUGAUCACACACGCACCUCACACGAAUUGGAAAUCCUACUAAAUCAUGAUCCCACCGGGCCAAUCUAUGAACAUGGCGAGCGUAUGCAUUUAAACCGCUUGAAAUUGGCAAUCAAAUUGCGACAGAAAAAGUUUGUGGCACACUCCAAUGUGCAACAGCUCUUAGCGAGCAUUUGGUACGAGGGUCUGCCGGGAUUUCGACGCAAAAAUAUGGCACUGCAGGCAUUGGAUAUUAUAAGAAUCGGCAUAAUGUUUCCGAUUUUCUCAUUGGCUUACAUCUUGGCACCAUAUUCUAGUAUUGGACAGACAAUGCGCAAACCAUUUAUAAAAUUUAUAUGCCAUAGUGCCUCUUACUUUACAUUUCUAUUUCUACUGAUGCUCGCUUCACAGCGCAUUGAGACUUUUAUUGGUGGCUGGUUUUGGAGUGAUUCGAAGAACAUAAUCGCCGAGGUGGAAGAAGUGCCGACAAAGCGUGGCGCAAAACCGACUUUUAUCGAGUGGCUAAUACUGGCGUGGGUUUCAGGUCUCAUUUGGAGCGAAGUGAAGCAGCUAUGGGAUGUUGGUCUACAAGAGUAUCUCAACGAUAUGUGGAAUGUCAUCGAUUUCGUAACGAAUUCACUUUAUGUGGCCACAGUUGCAUUGCGUGUGGUGUCUUUCUUUCAGGUGCAAAAAGAAAUGAUCACUAAUCCGAAUGCCACUGAUUUGCCGCGUGAGCGUUGGGACACCUGGGAUCCAAUGCUCAUAUCGGAAGGCCUCUUUAGUGCGGCAAACAUUUUCAGUAGCCUCAAAUUGGUAUACAUCUUUUCGGUGAAUCCACAUUUGGGACCACUGCAAGUGUCCCUGUCGCGUAUGGUUAUGGAUAUCAUGAAGUUUUUCUUUUUGUACGUGCUCGUUUUAUUCGCCUUUGGCAGUGGCUUAAAUCAGCUGUUGUGGUAUUAUGCCGAUUUGGAGAAGAAACGUUGUCCAGAAGUGUCCCCCUCAAAUGUGCUCAUCACCAUGAACGGCACCACGGAUCCAAACGCUUGCAUUGUUUGGCGUCGAUUUUCAAACCUGUUCGAGACCACUCAGACCCUCUUCUGGGCAGUUUUUGGUUUGAUCGAUUUGGAUAGCUUUGAGUUGGAUGGUAUUAAGAUUUUCACGCGCUUUUGGGGCAUGCUAAUGUUCGGCACAUAUUCGGUUAUAAACAUAGUUGUGCUGCUAAAUUUGCUCAUCGCAAUGAUGAAUCAUUCGUAUCAACUAAUCUCGGAGCGCGCUGAUGUCGAAUGGAAAUUUGCGCGUUCUAAAUUAUGGAUAAGUUAUUUCGAAGAAGGUGGUACCUGUCCACCGCCAUUUAAUAUUAUACCGACACCGAAAUCAAUAUGGUAUGUGUUCAAGUGGGCGCGUAGAGUAUUCUGCAGUGGAUCGUCGGCGGCCAGACGAGAGCAUCUGAAGACAAUAAGACGCAAAGCUCAACAGGCGAGUGAUCGCGAUUUCAAAUAUCAGCAAAUAAUGCGUAACUUGGUGCGUCGUUAUGUGACUGUGGAGCAACGCAAAGCCGAGUCACAGGGUGUCACCGAAGAUGAUGUGAACGAAAUUAAGCAGGAUAUAUCUGCAUUCCGUUGUGAAUUGGUGGAGAUAUUGAAGAAUAGCGGCAUGGAUACAAAUGUGACAGCAGGACAAGGCGGUAGGUGGUGGCUUACAAAAUUUAUAGUCUUGUAAUACCUGCAUUUCGUUCUUCUGCUCCCUACAGGUGGUGGCGGCAAAAAAAAUCGCCAAAAGGAGCGGCGUCUUAUGAAAGGCUUCAACAUUGCUCCACCCGGUUCGACAGGUUCGCUAGCGCCGGUUGCCGAAUUUUCCACCUCGUUAGACAAUUUCGACUCACAACACGAAAUACUCAGCUCUACGCUCUCGAAUCUUUUCAAUUCAAAUUUUAUACAGAAGAAUCAACAGAAUGGUCAUACGAGCGGCAAGGAAUCACCUACAAAUGGCUCUACUACAACAACAACAACUACAAUACAAACAACAACAAAAUACAAUAAAUCAGCAUUGAAACCGCACAACAAACGCAUCGCGGGUCACAAAAAGCGCUGGGGCACACUAAUCGAGGCCGCUAAGGUGGGAAAUGUCUCGAAAAUGUUGGGCCGCUCAAAAUCUGAAGAUUCGGUCUGCAAUUCUUCUGCCAACUCAUCGCCAGUUCAUGGUCAAGUGCAUGUCACAUACGCGCAGAACUCCGCACAGCAUUAUAUACCCAAUGGUGAAACGACUGCUGGCAAUCGUCAUGUCAACAACCACACACCAACACACAAUCCACUGCAUGCCGGCACAUUUAUGAAGGAACACAGCAGCAGCUUGAAUAGCGGUAGCGGUAACAGUGUCAGCAGCAACGGGGGCGGCGCAUCACACUUCUUUCAUACAACAACCGGCCUAACUGCCAUAGCCGCUUUGAAAAAGAAACGCAAGAAGUUCUCAUCAAGCAAAAAUAUUUGCCCCGUUAACGAAUCCAUGUCCACUGCCAAUGGAGCCGAGGCAGCAUUGAACGACAAGUCGCUUAAACGUGUCUCCAGCUAUCCAGCAUCUCAUACCGAUGGUGUCACGCCAGGUGGCAAAGAUGCCAUGAUCAUCGCCAAACCGCGUCGUCAUGAACAGACACAAAGUCAACAUGACUCUGUCGAAACGUCGACGGAAUUUACACUCUCCUCCAGUGAGGCACAUCAUUUGGAUCCAUCCAAUACAUCCGUCAAUUCACGUGAACCCCUAAUAAGUGGCAGUUAUGCAUCGACUAGUAUAAUGGGUUAAGCAUAUAUGUAUAUACAUGUUAAACCCCAUCAAAAUGUUGUAUCUAUGGUAUAACGGUACAUAAUUAAGCAAAAUGAAUUAUUAAACGAAAACAGUAUAGAAAUUGAUCUCAUAUGAGAAAUAACCGACAUAGCGGUUCUUAUCUAAUCAUUCAUACAUGCACACAUACAUACAUAUCAAAUAUGGUUAAGCACAUACGCAUUUAUAACUCACUCACUCACAAAUCUACGCACAUUCAACUCGUUAAACAUAUCACAAUCACCACUAAACCGAAGCUCAAGCAAUCAGCGCAACUUCAAUCACACAAAUGCAGCAAUCACAAAGUAGCUAGAGUAACUUCAAAUGGAUAACUAACACAUUUUUAUUGAAUAAGGUGAGCUACGCAUAUUCCUUACUCACUCGUAUAAGGGUA